AUGGGAGCUCCAUCGACUAUCAGCCGAGAGAUUCAGGUUGCACUCCCCCCCUCAAAACUGUGGGAGGCUCUCAAGGAUCCACAAAUGCUUGUCAAAGCUUCCAAUCAGGCCGUGGUGAGCAUUGAAAAUGUUGAUGGCGAUGCUGCUCUCGUUGGAAACACCAGGAUGGUCAAGUUCAAUACUGAUCUUGUUCCUUAUCCAUUCAUAAAAGAGGAGCUGACUAUGAUCGAUGAAUCCACUCAUACCAUUGGGGUGAGCGUGAUCGAAGGGGGACUGGUUGGCACGCAAGUGAGUUCUCUCAAAUGGAAACUGACGCUCAAGCCUGAAGGAGAAGGAAGCCUGCUUCUGUGGUCCCUCGAUUACGAACCCAAAGUUCCAGGCACGGAGGAAGUUGACAAGUUUGCCGAUGGCUUCGUUGCUAGCAUCAAGCAAGUCGAGGCCUACGUCCUCUCACUAUAGUUCCAGAAACUCUGGAUCUGAUCUGUGUGUGCCAGUCUCUUGUGUCCUUGAAGCUAUAAACUUGAAAAUGCCAAGAACUUGACUGCUGUGA